GAGCGUUCCCUGCGAUGACCUCAUCCCUGGUGUGGGAUGACGUCAAAUUCAAGAUGGAUGGAAUCACGGCGGCGGCGGCAGCGCGCGCGGGCGAGCCGUGAAAAGGACGGCGCCGGGAAACAUCAGAAUCAUGGAGGGACUCUUGCAUUAUAUAAAUCCAGCACAUGCCAUUUCACUUCUAAGCGCACUGAAUGAGGAGCGUCUAAAGGGACAGCUGUGUGAUGUUGUUCUUAUAGUAGGAGAUCAGAAAUUUCGAGCUCAUAAAAACGUUCUGGCUGCCAGCAGUGAAUACUUCCAGACUCUGUUCACGAAUAAAGAGAAUGAGUCUCAGUCAGUUUUUCAACUCGACUUCUGUGAGCCAGAUGCCUUUGAUAAUGUGUUAAACUACAUCUAUUCUUCGUCCUUGUUCAUUGAGAAAGGCAGUCUUGCAGCUGUGCAAGAACUGGGCUACAGUCUUGGAAUAUCCUUUCUUACAAACAUUGUUUCUAAGAGUCCUCAAGCUCCUUUUCCAACUUGCCCUAUUAAGAAAAUACUGUAUCAAGAUGAAGAUGAAAGUAGUGCUCAGAAGAGAAGUGUCAUUGUCUGUCAGAACAGAGUAGAAGCACAAGCGAAGAGUACGGAUCAAACACAGCAUGAUUUAAGCCAUACUUCUAAACCUACACCCUCUGCUGCAGUCAAAACUAGCAGUAGACCACAGGUAACAAAACCAACUGAAACCCUUCACAGCUUAUCACUGACCGAAAGAAGAUGGCUGAAAGAAAGCCCUGUGAGCUAUACCAAGGUUCAUGAAACUUUGGGAACUGUUGAGGACCAGACCAGAGGUGGUCUAGUGAAAAGGAACACAGUAGUGCCUCAAAUGCCAUUAGCAGAGAAAGAAAUUGCAAACAAUGAACCAGGAAGCAGUGGUCAGCUUUUAAGAGGAAAGGCUGCAGAGGUGUCAUUAAAAAGACUACGUCCACCAGUUUUAUCUCUGCGUGGUGCAUCAGAAUCUACGUUUUUGUUGCGAGAGGCAGGAAAAGGAGAUGGUCCAGUUGAAGACAGGAAUUUGCUAUACUACUCAAAGUUAGGGCUAGUAAUCCCAUCUAGUGGAUCUGGUCCGGAAAACCAAAGUAUUGACAGAAGUGGGCCACUUGUUAAAAGUCUCCUUCGAAGGUCACUGUCCAUGGACAGCCAGGUUCCUAUUUAUUCACCUUCUGUGGACCUAAAACCUUCACAGGUAUCAUCCUCCUCCUCACUGGGAACUAAUGAUUCCCAGAAGACUUGUAAUGUUGUAUCUCAAAAGUCAUCCUUGAAAGAAUCAUCAGACAAGUUAGUCUUGGAUGAAAAACCGCAGGUAAUACACCCACAUCGCCUUAGGUCUUUCAGUGCCUCUCAGUCAACUGAUAGGGAGGUUGCUUCCCCUCUCACAGAGGUGCGAAUAAAAACUGAACCUAGCAGUCCACUUUCAGAUCCUGCUGAAAUAAUAAGAGUUACAGUGGGUGAUGCUUCAGCAUUGACAAAUAAAGAUUUUUCUUUUAAAACUGAGGAUGAUCAUAAGGAGCCAAGUAGACCUCCAGCAAAAAGGAGAUUCCAAGCUGAUAGAAGACUACCAUUUAAAAAACUGAAGGCAGAUGAGCAGGGUUCUCCUGGGUCAGAAGAUAAUUUUGAGGAAAGCUCAAGCCCUACGCACCUUGAUGCUGAUUUUCCUGAUUCUGAUGUCAGUAAAGAUGAAUACAGCGAGAUGGAAGAAGCAAGACCAAAUAAAAAAUUUAAAUGCAAACACUGCCUUAAAAUUUUCAGAUCAACAGCAGGUCUUCAUCGUCAUGUUAACAUGUAUCAUAAUCCAGAGAAGCCCUAUGCUUGUGACAUAUGCCACAAGAGAUUUCACACAAAUUUCAAAGUAUGGACUCACUGCCAGACACAACAUGGAAUUGUGAAAAAUCCCUCACCAGCUUCCAGUUCGCAUGCUGUUUUGGAUGAAAAAUUCCAAAGAAAACUAAUUGAUAUAGUGAGAGAGAGAGAAAUCAAAAAAGCUCUAAUUGUUAAACUAAGACGUGGCAAGCAAGGUUUUCAGGGACAGUCUGCUUCACAAGCACAACAAGUCAUCAAGAGGAAUUUAAGAUCGAGAACCAAAGGAGCCUAUAUUUGUUCCUACUGUGGGAAAGCUUAUCGUUUCCUCUCACAAUUUAAACAACACAUAAAAAUGCACCCAGGGGAGAAACCAAUUGGAGGAAAUAAAGCUCCUAAGCAGAAAGAUCAUAUUCAUAUUGAAAGUCCAGCAGAAAACAAAGAGGUUUAUCAGUGUCGUCUCUGCAAUGCUAAGCUCUCUUCACUUAUUGAGCAGGGAAAUCAUGAGCGACUCUGCAGAAAUGCUACUGUCUGUCCUUACUGCAGCCUGAGAUUUUCUUCUCCAGAGCUUAAGCAUGAGCAUGAAAGUAAAUGUGAAUACAAGAAGCUUACUUGUCUUGAGUGUAUGCGUACCUUUAAAUCAUCCUUUAGUAUUUGGCGUCAUCAAGUUGAAGUUCACAAUCAGAACACAAUGGCUCCAUCAGAGAACUUUUCUUUACCUAUCUUGGACCACAACGGAGAAAUAACUAGUUCGUCAAGAUUGCCUCCUCAGUCAGAAUCCAGUAAAAUGAACAAUUUUGUUGCUGCAAAGGAAGACGGUGUAUUCAGUGAUUCAUCAGAACAAAUAAAUUUUGAUUCUGAAGAUUCCUCAUGCCUACCUGAAGACUUAAGCGUUUCCAAGCAGUUUAAAAUUCAGAUCAAAGAAGAGCCCGCAGAUGAUAUAGAGGAUGAGGUCACUGAAACAAGCAGAGAACCUAAGGAAGUAGUCUCCAACAAAGAUGCUGGUUUGUGGCCCUGUGAAAAGUGUGGGAAGAUUUUCACUGUGCGCAAACAGCUGGAGCGUCACCAAGAGCUCUUAUGCUCUGUGAAGCCAUUUAUUUGCCAUGUGUGUAACAAGGCCUUCCGAACCAAUUUCCGGCUAUGGAGUCACUUCCAGUCUCAUAUGUCACAGGCCGCAGAGGAAUCCACAAAUAAGGAGCCUGAGACAUGUCCACCAGCUAAUUCUCCAUCACCACCUCCCUUACCUCCACCCCCACCCCUACCCAAAAUCCAGCCUCUGGAGCCUGACAGUCCGACAGGCUUGUCUGAAAGCUCCACUACUACUGAAAAGUUAUUUGUACCACAGGAGUCAGAUACACUCUUCUAUCAUGCUCCACCACUCUCAGCAAUCACAUUCAAAAGACAAUACAUGUGUAAACUCUGUCAUAGGACUUUCAAGACAGCUUUUAGUCUUUGGAGCCACGAACAGACACACAAUUAGCUUUAAGAGAUACCUUAAAAAGCUGGUUCUGUGAAGGCUGUGUUCAGGAUACCAGAUGUAUGCCAUAUAAACUAGAAAUCUAGGAGGAUGAAAUAACAAGAAAUUUGGAAUUUGUGAUGCUGCUUGGAUUUGAAGACUAAGGUAAACUAACUUGGCUAGUAGGCAGAAAGCAGAGUAAUUUAAAAUUACUGGGAUCUAAUAUUAACAGAAUAAAUUUUAUUUCAUUUAACACUGAAAUACGAUGGCAUCUGGAUUGUAUGCAUGGAUCUUCAUCCUGUGAUGUUGGUGUGUGCGUGUGUAUUAUAUAUAAAGUUAUAUAUUAAAUGAAAAAGCAACAACAAAUUGGAUUGCAACUGUGAGUUAAUAGUGAAAUACUGUAACCAACUUCAUUAAAUUUUUCCUUUAAAGAAACCAACGCACAAGCUCCAUAUAAAUAGUUGCCAUGCACUUGCAGUUAGGGAAGAAGUGGAUGGAGUGUCUUGCUGUAUUGACUUAGGUCUUAGUAACCUUUAGCAAUAACAAAUAAACCUCAAGUUUGAGUUAUCCUGAUGUUAUUGGAUACAAAUGUUUGAUAUUUUAAGGGAACAUAGAAUUGUUUUGUUUUUAUAUGGAACUUGUGCAACUUAAAAUAGAAUCUAAAGUCAGCAAUAUUAUUACUAAGAUUUUAUAUUAAAAGUAGCAGCAAGCCUGCUUUCAGCCAUUUAAUUAUAAGUUUCUAAGGAAAAUUGGGGAGGGGUACUUUCCUUUACAAAAUGUCCCAAAGACUAAUUUACUAUAGAUACUUCGGUAGCUGAAGUCGUUGUAUUAACAGCCAUCAUAAUGCAAAUGGUACUGUUUAUAAUAUAAACUAAGAUUGAAUGGAUGACAGACAAGUUUCAUAAUUCUGUUUCCACUAUUUGUACAACUGUUUGUAAUGCUAACUACAAAGGAAUGUAUAACUAUUAAAUCAAAAAAGAGAGAUCAUUAAGGGAUGGAAGAUGAGUUGUGUUCCUACACACAGUAGUACGGUUGGCCAUGAGUACAAAGAUAGGUUUUAACAAAACCUAAAAAUGUAAAUAUUUAUAUAGACACCUGUAUAAAUGAAGAAGUAUGUAUUUGAAAUUUGUAUUACAUAUCCAGCUCAAAGCAGAGGUAAAACCAUCACACUACAAUCACUGCAUUUUAUGAAUACAAUGCAUAGAGUAUUUCUUCCUGCCGCUUUCUAUCAUGUGUGCUGCAGUUUUCUAAUCUGUUGAAUAUCGUGGUAAUAAUGGGCUGCAGAUAUUCUGUGUGGUUCCAUUAUGUUACCUCAAAUCACAACUGGAGCAUUUAGCGUAAGUGGGAUCAUAAAUAUUUAGCAGAAGCUAUAGCAAGGGUCCAAAAUUAUUCUAUAAGUAAAAGAAAUAUUUACCCAGAAGUUGGUGGUAAACUACCAGUGAAAAAUUCUUCUGCUAGAAUUUAAACUUAAUGGAGUGAUGAUGGAUUGAAGUGAACAUAAAUGAUGCAAUCAGUAUUUAUAAUCGUGACCAACUUGACCCCACGUGGGUUGGGAGAGGGGGAUUGCAUUCCACGCUACCUAGUCAGAGCCCAGUCUGUGGAGUUUGGGCACCAGUUUCAUGGGGAGCAGAAGUGAGGUUUUAAUUCUGUAUGUAACCAUGAAUUUUUUUUCAGCAUCUUAAACUCAAAAGAAAGAAGAAUUACAAGCACAAUUGUAACUCAGAACAAUAUGAGGAUGGGCAUCCUGAGUUAGGCACAUGCCAGAGCAGAUUUUUCUUAGUGAAAGCCCAAGUUUGCCACUAUUUUUCUCCAACAGAAAAAUGUUGGAUUUGAAUGUAAUGUUUUUAAUUAUUUUUCCUUUAAGGUUAAAAGAAUUGGCUUGAGAUGGACCCCUGACUUUUUUUUUUUCUCAGCUACCAAAAAAUUUGGAAUUCUGGUUUCAAAAUUACUGUUUCAUUUUUUAUUAAAAUUUAAAAUUGUUACUAAACACUUCUACUAGUAAUAUCUUGGGGUUUUUUGUCCUCUUUCAGGCUAAUAGUAGCUGAGUAUGGUUACGCUGAUUUAUUAGAAUAUCAGUUAAAAUCUUUUGGUGACAUUGCAAUUAAAACAAGGUACUUGUUUAACAGUGAUAUUUCUAGUUAUUGAAUUUUUCAUUCCACCUUAGAAGACUAAAUUUCUUUAUUACUAGAAACAGUUUCAAAAUAUAAUGGGUAUUGCACUUAACCUGGUUUAACAAAAUCAGAACAACAUAAAGCUUUGCUAAGUAUUCUUUAAAUGUUUUUAAGAAAUCUGUGCAUAUAAAAUAUGAACAUGUUUCUGUAGAACGCUUCCUAAGUUUUCACCAAUGAUUUCUCUACACAACAGUCUGAAAGUUUAUAUGUAGCCUUUUAGAAAUCAGUGUGCUUUCUAAAGGAAGGUGGCGAGUAGUUCAGCUGUGUCAUAGUCAUCUAACUUCCAGCUGGGAUUCUGCUAUGUGAUAUGAUGAUAAAUUCCACACACGUUAAAUCAAAAGCUCGGGCAGCAUCUUUGAAUAAACCUUGACCUUUUUCCUAGUAUAUAUUAUGUAUUAUAAAAAAAAAUCAUAAAAUAUUUUUGGUCCAAAUAGUCUCCUUCUAAGUUUUUCUUCGGUUGUUUUGUUUUGGGGGGUUAAGUUUUGGUUUUAACUUUGAGUGUGUUUUGUGGGUUUUUUUACAUUCAGUUCCUGUUGUUUAGUAAAGGAGUUCGGGAUCUCUGAAGUUUAAAUAUGAGAUGUUUAUAUAGCAGUUCUGGUUUUCUAUUAGCUUUUAUAAAAAAGCCCGUGAUAGAAGUGUUUAUUUUGGAGGAUAUGGAAUAAAUAUACUUCCACUUACAUAACUUUAAUAUAUGGUUAAAAAGUUAAAUUAUGGAAAAAAAAAUGUUAGUUGCUUGUUUAUAAAUAAAGGUCUUUUGAAGAGUGUCUAGUUUGGCCAUAGCCAAAAUAAAAGUCAAAUUUAUUGACACAAAAGCCUGUCUUCAUCAUAUUUUGUUUAAUUUUCUAGCUGUGUACUAAAGUGACACAAAGUUAGAGGUCUUGUUAAAUAUAAAAAGUGGUUUGCUUUUUCUGAAAAUUUGUGACAGGAAUGUGCGGGUGUUUUAAUAUAUAGAUUAGAAUAUAAUUCUUUCUUUUUUUGCUAUUUUUAUAAUCAGUCAGAUAAAUCUCAGAGAACCAUCCUGCAUCAGUGGAAACUUCUAUUGCAUAUAGGAGGAGCAGGGUUAAGCCAUGAAACUUUUUUGGGGGACUUUUACCUUCCAGGCAUUGUGUUGGCAAAGCAUCUAAGCCUAUGCUUAAGUUCCAUUAAGACCAGUCUUAAUUUUUUUAAAACAUGUGCUUAAGUUCUUUGCUAAAUUGGGACGAUAAUCGACCUUGAAAGUGAGCAAUGGCAGAAAAAUACAUACAGAUUGUUUUUUAAGUCCUAGACCCAAAAGUUAAAAUGAAUUUUCCUCUAUAUAAAAACUGCAUAUAAGGCUAAGGUGUAGUUCUGUAGUUUUACAAACACAAAGGACGUGAACCAGUAAUAAUACUGUCUGCUUUUUUUUUUGUAAGGGGGAGUGAAACACCCUGUGACAGUAAACUGAGCGGAUAACCUGCUCAAGUAGUGGGUGACUAGUACUAGAGUUUGUCUUGUGUAUUUCUUCAGAAUGGACAUAUAGCCUUAUCCGUGAACCAAAACAUAGUUGUGAGGGACUUGUUCCUGCGUUUCCUAUUUAGGCAGGCCUGCUAGUGACAUCCAGGAGACUUUUUAAUUUUUUGUCUAAUGUUUGUUUUCCCCCAAGUAGGACACGCAGGUUUGGUCUGAAGCUACCUGUACUGGUUUUGUUCCAAGCUUCCAGUGAUAAAACUAGAAGUUCCUCACAUGGAAUAAGGACAGACCGCCUAACUUCUUGGCACUAACAGCAAGGGUGCAAAUAUCUGGCAUGAGCCUGUAAUCUGGCGUGUGCCUAUACUGUUCAAUGAAAUUGUUUACAUUUUGCUACCAGAAGAUUUAGAUAAAAAUCAAAGCAAGCUUAGGGUUUUGGGUUUUUUUCAAUGUUGCUGUUUAUGAAUCAGUGUUAAAAUCUUUUUUUGUUGUUGUUGAACACAGCCUGAUAGUAUUUUUUAAUGUCAUUGUUUCUAGUUUAUUUAAAAUGACCUGUGAAAAACUGUACUGUUAACUGGUGUACAUAAAGGGACACUAUCAAGAGGAAAGUUGUGUGCAGUAAAUGUACUUACCGGUAUUAAGAAUACUUGAUAUUAAUAAAAUGAAUGAAUUUUAAAACAUUAGUUAAGUCAUAACACUUGAGCUGCUUGGGCAUGAAAAUGCCUAUUAAGGGCAUCCUCAGCUGUUGCAGGGAUGUCCGAAAUGUGUAUCUGAGUUCUGUGGGUUGCGCUUAUUUUUCAUGUUGCUUUUUCUCAUACUAUUCCAGAAUGAAGGACUCAAUCCAUUUUUUCCUUCUCUGGUUUCUCAGUGAUACACAUUACCUGGUAAAGAUACAAGCCUCCCACUAGUGCAGCAGCAUCUGUAAUUAUAAUAUGUACAUAAAACCUGAACAAACUGUCUGUUGCAAUGUAACAUGCAAAAUGCAUGCAAAGUACACAUUUAAAUCUUGUUCUUGACAGUGUCCCUUUUUAAAAAGCAGGAAAAUGGGAUAAUUUUUAGCGCUUGGGUACAGGGAAAGUUUCCUACAGUUUCUAGAAACUGGAAUUAUCCAGUACAUUUGCUAUAGAAUUUUCCAAUUACACAAAAUCACUUGUCAUUUUAAAGGAUUAUAGAGGUAAGAAUCUGAUUUUAUAAUCCUGUAUACCUUACAGUCAUUCUCUGUCAGUUCUAUACACCAGGGUGGGUUUUUACUUUUUUUAGGACUGACACUUAGUGGCUUAGGCUAAGUUUUUCUUUAAUGUAAUGUAAAUCCAUUGCUGCUUUGUACAACUUUUUCUACUGUGUGUUUUCUUUACUUUGAUCUUGACUAAGAAAUGUUGGCGUCCAAUAAACUUACACUUUGUUUCUUUUGAAUUACUGUGUCUUACACUGGAAUCUCUUGGCAAAGUGUGAUGUUAUUGUACAUACCAUUGUGUCUGUGGGAUGGGAAUUCUGUUUAUAAAAGAGCAUCUUUUGAUCUAUUUGUUGGAUGUAAAUGACAGUUUUUACAUAACUAAAUAAUGUGUUUUUGUUUGUUGUAGUAAGUGCCCCACUGAACCUUAUACUGGAAAAUACAGGAAAACUAACUUUUCUAGGCAAGUUUUUAAAACUUGAGCAUAGCCCAAAUUCUACUUCCUAUGCAAGUGGUGAUUAAUAUGGAACUUUGUAGAAGCAAGGUUACAUCAACAGAGUAUCUCUUUCAUCUAAAGCUGGAUUGAACCAGAUGUUUGAAAAUACGCAGUCAGGAAUGUUUAUGGUAUUUUGCAGUGCUCUCAUAGAAAGCAGUUUCGCUUCUUCAAAAACCCUUCAAAAUCCCAGAAUGUAGUGUGUGGAUUCCUGUGAUGCAGAAAAAUUCUCUCUGUCAUUUGGAAACAGGGUUAACUAGACUCUUCUCUUAGAUGAGACCUAUCUUUGAAAACUUUUAGGCAAGUUUUCUCAAGUUCAUGGGCUCCAUAUUUGCUGUCCUUUGCCAUUUUUAAUUUAUGCAGUUUGGUUGAAGCUCAUUGGCCAAUUUCACUCACAUUUAAUAGAGGAGACAAGGUCUCAAGAGUUAUUCCCUAACAAAUUUUAUAAAAAUCACUGACUGAAUAGUCUUUGCGCUGAGGAUAAGAUUUGCAGCAAGAGCAUGUGCUGAACAGUUAUCUGUGCUUUUUACUCCAGCGCUUGUCACUGUGUGCAUUGUACCAUCUUGUUAGGUUAAGUGGGGCAAUAGGCCAGGUGAAAUGUACAGCAGAGUUGAAGUACAAGGUCUGCCAAAUGGUCAGACUCUAGGGUUGAAAGGGCACUCCAAGCUCAAGAGGAUUUGAGCCUUUGAUGCUCUUACAGGGACAAAGGGCUCCUUGCCUGUCCCUCCAUGGAGAAUCCAGCACAUCAGAAGUUAGGUGAGCUGUGGAAAAGGCAAAGAGUGGGCGGAGAGCCGCUCUCUGACUCAUUCGCAGAGUUGCAAAUUGCCAGAGGUUUGGCUCCCCCUUUCUCCUUUCGGAGUAGGAAACACUUGCAGUUCUUUCUGCAUUCUGUUAAGACCUACAUACAGCCCUCUCUCUGGUACUGUUUCAGACCAGUAUAACGUCUGCUUAAAUGCUUCACAGAAAAUUUCUGUUCUAGAGACCAUACAACCUAUAUCUGACAUAAAAGUUCAGAAGCAAACCAGAAUUAUGAAAACUACUGGUAAUGCCAUGAGUAUUGUGACUGUUUUUAUGGUUUACGUUUUUAUUUUUUGUUCUAAUUCCAGCUGUCUGCUUCUAAGACGGUUCCUUUGCAAACAAAUCCAGUAAUGUGUACUUACUUUUCCAUUUGUAGAAUGUUUCCAGUUAUCACUCUUUUUUUUAAUAUGCAAACACUUAAUAGGAUAAUUUUUACUAUUAGAUCUACAUGGAUAAUAUUUCUGUUUCAAGUCCUGACAUACUCUGGCAAUAAAAAUUUUCAGGGUGUUGGGUGCAAUGAAACAACAUACACAGCUUAUUUCCCCUUCAUUUUACAUGUUCUGAAAAAGUACGCAAAAGCAAAGCUGAUUUCUGCUAACAAAGAAUUUGUUUUAAAUUGCCUCUGUGGUUUUGGUACAACCCUUAACAGUUUCUUAAUGUCUCAGUAGUCCAGAAUCUAGGAUGGACACAGUUCUCCAAUGUCAUGGAGCCCUGGUUGUAGUCAUUAGUUUAAUCUGAUGUUUGAGGGCUCAGGCUCUCAUCCAGCAAUGUGCAUCUCUCCCAACGAAGCCCACUGGUGUUAUAAAAGAGGCAGUGAUGAGGCAGUUAAGGCUUCUUGGGAUUACUAGCAUCUAGGGAUGCUUUUGCUUGUAGGAAGAGAUCACGCUGAGGUUUGCAGGCUCUGCAAGCAGGUGGCUGAAGGAGCAAAGGGCAACAAACCAGAAGAAGAGGUGGGAGAAAGUAGGAUAGCAACAGCAGAAGAAUGUAAAAUGUAGAAGAGAGCAUGCUGUGGACUCCCAAGAUAAGAAAAAUAACCAGGUGUCAUUUAAGGUGUCAUUUGUGAUGAACACGGUUCUUUGGUUCCCACUUUUUCCUUUCUUCCCUAGCCAUUCCUGGGGUUUGGCGUCUUCUAAUUCAUUUUGCCUGCAAGAAACUGUAUCCAUUACUGUAUGAUAUGAAGUCUAUGAAGGAGAUCAGGGGAAGAAAAACUUCUCAAAAGAUUUUUUAAUAGUAUUUCUCCUUCAAUCUUGCUUUGGGAAAGUUUAGGUCCUUUUGCUACAGGCUGCACAUCCUGAGGGCUUCACCUAGCGUGGCAACUCUGCCUGUGGAGAUACAUUUGCAGUUUCUGCACCUCACCACCUGCACCUGUGGUUCCUCAAAAGAAGGGGAUCUAAACCCAGAGGAGAAUCUAUAGAAAAGUAAAUACAGCUCUGUUGGCCACCAUCCUGCUUAUUCCUUUCACAGCUGGCUAAUCCUUGGCUUCAUACACUUUUCUUGCUCUGUGGGCCACCCUGUGUACAGUCUGGCUAAUGCCAGAGCAGACGCAGCUGUUCCCACCCAUAGGAGAAAGGUAACAACUGUGAGUAACUGCUGCUGCCUCUUCACUCUUCAGUCAGCUGAGCAGCCAAAUGCCAGAAGAAGGAAACUUAGCUUUGUUAGCUUGCAUUCAGAUUACUUGUUUCAGGAGAAAUUUUACUAAAGCAUGUAACGACAUGUGAAUGCAUUUUUUAAAACAAUGAGAAAUAAAAAAAAAAAAACAAAAACCAAACAACCAAACUGUAAAAAUACCAAAUUCUCAACUCUGUAGAAGUCUGGAGGAGAAUCGCAAAUGUUGAAAAUGAGAUUUGAAAUUAGGUAGUUUUUUUUAAGUAUUGCUACAACACCCAAGAGGGAGAGAAUCACAUAGAACUUUCAUUUUAUGGAGAUGAUCCUGUAAUCUAUUAUGUACCUCUAA